GCGUUGACGCAGUGAAGCUCUGAAAGAGUCACCGUGGAUGCCGAUGAUGCUCCUCCGGCUGGUGCUUCUUGUGGCGGCCGCGUGCGCGUCACGAGAAGCCAAGCGGCUGCACGACGACCUGCUGUCCGACUACAACCGGCUCAUCCGUCCUGUCGGUAACCAUUCGCACAAGGUGACCAUUGUCGUCGGCUUAAAACUGUCGCAGCUCAUCGACAUCAACCUCAAGCACCAGGUCAUGACUACAAAUAUUUGGCUUGAGCAGGAGUGGGAAGACGACAAGCUCCGGUGGAACCCGGAGGACUACGGCGGCGUGGACAUGAUCCAUGUUCCGGCUGAGAGCCUCUGGCUUCCGGACAUCGUGCUUUUCAACAAUGCGGACGGUAACUACGAAGUGAUCCUGAUGAACAAGGCGACCGUCUAUUCGACAGGCAAAGUGGUCUGGAAGCCGCCGGCUCUCUACAAGAGCACCUGCGAAAUCGACGUCGAGUACUUUCCUUUCGACGAACAGAACUGCCUCAUGAAGUUCGGAUCGUGGACCUACGAUGGUCUUGAGGUGGACCUCCAGCACGUCAAGCAACGUCCCGGCGUGGCCGUAGUGGAGACGGGCAUCGACAUGAGCGAAUUCUACAAGUCAGUCGAAUGGGACAUUCUGCGCGUGCCGGCCAAGUACAACAACGAGUUCUACGACUGCUGCGAGGAGCCGUUCCCCGACAUCACCUUCAACAUCACCAUGCGCCGAAAGACGCUCUUCUACACGGUCAACCUGAUCAUCCCCUGCGUGGGCAUCUCGUUCCUGACUGUGCUUGUCUUCUACCUGCCCUCGGAUUCCGGCGAGAAGGUGACGCUCUGCAUUUCCAUCCUCGUCUCCCUCACCGUCUUCUUCCUCCUACUCGCCGAGAUCAUCCCGCCCACGUCACUGGCCGUGCCCCUUCUAGGCAAGUACCUGCUGUUCACCAUGAUCCUCGUCACGCUGUCCAUCUCGGUGACCGUCGGAGUGCUUAACGUGCACUUCCGGUCACCAUCGACACACCGCAUGGCACCCUGGGUGCGGCGCGUGUUCGUACACCUCAUGCCGCGGCUACUAUUCCUGCGGAGGCCCGAUGCUGCCGACCGCCAGCAGCCGCCCGUCGAUCCCUUGCAGCUACUGCUACUGCGACGGCCCACCGAACCGAUGAUGCCGGCGCCCGUGGUGCCCCCAUCGGCAGCCGCCGCGGACCACCAGCAGUCCGAGUCUCCCGAGGCCGGCUCGUGCACUCCGGAAGUGCGCAGGGCCAUCGACAGCGUGCUCUUCAUUGCCGACCACAUCCGCAAGGAGGACGACGACGAAAGCGACUGCGAAGACUGGAAAUACGUGGCCAUGGUGUUGGACAGGCUGUUCCUGUGGAUCUUUACUCUUGCUAGCCUGGUAGGCACGUGCGGCAUAAUCCUGCAAGCCCCUUCCCUCUACGACACCCGGCUGCCCAUCGACGUCCAGAUGUCACACAUCGGCCGCGAGUACGCCACCCUCCACGCGCCCUGAUCUGACCCCGAGGUCCCC